UGGGGGAUAUCCGAACAUGAGCAAACAUGCGAUGGAUGCCUCAAUUUUGCCAUGGCCUAGUCGAUAAUCGUUGUGUAAAGUGGAUUCCCCUCGUCAGCCGUGAGUGGGCGCGGGUGGUGGCGGGCCUGGCCGUCGUCAUCGGCGUCGGAGCCCCGUCCAUUCGGCGAGCUUAUAAAACUGCUGCUGAGGAGCCCCAUUUGUGCAGACUGUGCGUCCAUCUCAGACCAGAAGCUAUCUACCCGAUCAAACAAGAAAGAAGAGCAGCAGAGCCGUGUUUAAUCAACCGUGAGCUUCCGUCCGCAUCAUCUCGUCAAGGUCGACCAAUGGUGUUUUUGGGAGGAUCAUUGCGCGUGACGCGGAGCAUCGGCAGCCGGAAGAUGACGGAGGGGAAGAGCCACAGAGGGUCAGGGGCGUGGCGGCAGGCGCCGGCGCCCGUGAGGCAGCUCUUCUGGAGGGUGAGGCGCGCCAUGCUGCGGCCGAAGCGCCGCGUCGCGAGCUUCGGGUAUGACCUCAAGAGCUACUCCCACAACUUCGAUGACGGCCUCGUCCCUGCUCACCGCCUGUAGCGACACCCACGUGGUCUUCUUUUUCUUAUCGAUUUUAGCUGCCGUCCGGCCGGACCACGGCUCGAGGCUGGAGAGUUUGAAGCCUCGUCACCUUGUGAUUUGCUCGUCCUCUAGUUCAGCUACGAGUGUAUAUUAGACAGUACUGUUCAUACACAAGUUUCUUAGUGUUGAAAGUCUGAAACUGCCAAUAAAAUGACAGCGUAUCUAUGUGAUCGUAUGUAGUCUGCAAGCCGCGUGACUUGCCACAGUGGAAUGGGAUUUAAACUAUUUCUGUUUA